CCGCAGCCUCUCAGCGAAGAAAGCUGGUCAAAUCCGGCGCGACUGUGGUCUCAGUUCGGUUUCACACUCGAACGCGAGCAGAAGUGUCCGCGAGUCAGUCUCAGAAAGCAAAAAAAAGAAACACCAAAGCCCCAGAACACAAACGGAAAACAGAUCGUCAAUUGGAUCGUCCCCCACAUACAUAUUCAUAUACAUUUUUUUGCGAGUGUUGUGUUGCAAGUGCCCCCGCCGUCGUACCGCCGGAAAAAGAUCUAUCUAUCGAUCGGCCAUUUGGAUUAACGCACGGAUUUUGGGAACGCAGACGCGCCACAAGCAACGAGGAUCCCGCGCGGAUCCUGGCCAACUCUACUUUUCAACUAUAAUGCGGUUUGGUUGGCAGUGCGCUGCGACCACAGCUAAAGGCAGCACCACGGCAGCCGGCAACGGAAACGGAAACGCCAGAGGAAGAGGAAGCGGCUACCAUGCGGCGAUGGCUCGUCCGCUGCUCCUGCUCCUGCCCACCCUCCUACUCCUCCUCCUCGCCGCCCAGCUGCCCCACCCGGCCCAGGGGCGCAGCACCACCAGCAGCGGCGGCCUCACGGUGAUCGACAGCGAUCGACUGCGCAUCCGCACCACCUCGAGCACCGCCUCAAACUCCAGUGCCGGCCAGAAUCUCGGCCAGCCAGCGAUACCGCCGGCCAGCGCCGGUCCGCGCAAGCGCCACCGGAAGCGGAACAGCAACUGGAUCGACUACCGCCACUUCGACGAGAACACCACCGCCCUGGAGUGGGCCAAUCCCUGCGGGGGCAACUACCAUCCCGCGGCGGCAGACCGCUUCAAUCGCCAGCGGCCCAGGCAGAGCUUCAAUCAGCUGAAGCGCCACGCCUUCAGGGAGUACCGCAGCCUAAACAGCAGCCAGGAUUCGGCCAUCGACAUCCGCAACAUGACCAUGUGGUCGCUCCACACGCACAACUACAAGUUCCUGCCCAAGCUCAAGCCCAAUUCCACGAUUGCCCUGAAGCGCUGGUACCGCAACAUGCAAACGUACGUGGCCAGUUUCGCGUAUCUGCGGCGCCAGCAGAUCCGCUGGGACCAGCGGUCCAUCACCCGCGAGUCGAGCACCGCCCGCGAGCUGCGCGAGCUGCUCCUGAGCUCGCGGCGCAUCCUCUGCGAGCUGGAGACCGCCGUCAACCAGACGCAGAGUCCGCGCCAGAAGCAGCGGCGCAGUGGUGCGGCGGUGGUUGCCGUAGGCGGCGGCACGACCACAUCCACUCAGCUGCCGCAGAUCUCGCGGCUGGAGAUGAACAAGCGUCUGAAGCUGCGCUCCAAGACGGGUGGCUCCGACUCCCAUGGCGGAGCCAGUGCAUCCGCGGCGGCAGGCGAGGCGGACUCCAUAGACAUGCGGUUCGUGAAGCACCACUACUACGACUUCCUGCGCACCAUGUACCAGCUGCUGAGGCGGGACGGCAAGCGGGUGAAGAGCCGGCCGCGGAAGCACCACAAGAAGCACAGGAACCACCAGCGGCAGAGCCAGAAGAAGCAGCAGCAGCAGCAGCUGGCGGAGCAGCUGGAGCAGCGCUGGCGGAGCUCGGCCUCGAACGGCAGGGAGUUCAACGAGGUGUCCAAGCCAGCGGCAGGUGGUGCAGCUGCAGCUGCAGUCGGUGGAAGCCCCCAGUUUCCGACGGGCAGACGUGGAAAGCGCCAGUCGAAACGCGUGCAGCGCACGUGAAGCCACACAAAUACAGCCCCCCUCAUACUCCCUCUUCCUCAGGACACGCCCCUUUCCCAUGUCCCGCCCCCUUAAUUUAACCGUUUAUCGAUCGAUCGUAGCUUAAGUAAAUUAUUUGAUUGCCAGCACCGACUCUCUUCUCCAUUUCAUUGCAAGUAUUACCACAUUCCGUAUUUAUUGAAGCAGGCGAGAGGAGCAUAUAGCUAUAGCAUAAAAACGUAUAACCAUAAAGCCCCGAUCCGCAGUUGCCGUUCUAGUCACAUAAGAGCAACCGCCAGCCACCCUAGCAGUAUAUGAUCCACUGGAAAGUAUUAUUCCACAACCCCCCCGACCCCUGCCCAUAUUGAAUUUUAUGUGACCUUUAAGUAGGCUAAGCUACCCCACCAUCAUAUCCAUAUCCAUAUCCAUGCCCCCUAGGCUAAGCUUCGAUCUUAAGGCACACUUUUUUUUUCGUAGGCUAGCUUGUGUUUGACAUCUGUGAUAUAGUGCUUGACUAGUUCGUAUUUAACCUAAUUGUAAAUAUUGAUCGCAUGUGCGGCAUGUAUCUGCAUCCAUGCUUUCGUAGGCCUAAGCUCGCCCUUAGAAAUCGAUUUUCGUAUUUAUAGAACCGACCGAUAUUUGACUAAGCCAGCAGCGAAAUAAAACGAACAAUAAAUUGAAUUG